UGCUGUAAACAUUCACUAAAAUAAAACAAUCUACAUAUCUAUGAGAAAAGUUUUGCAGAAGACGGGUUUUAAACAUCGCUAUCGCCGGGUAUAUUGCCGCGUAUACUUUUUAUAUAACGUCAUCAGUCAACGUCAACGUCAACGACCAAAUGACCAUGGGCAUCGACUACUACGGAGUACUCCAAAUACCGCGGACCAGUAACGACCUGGAGAUCAAACGCGCGUACCGUAAGCUGGCGCUCGAGUUCAAUCCUCAGAGGGUGCGCGGGAGCGACUCGGGGCAGGUGUUCGCCAUCAUCGGCGAGGCCUACGAAGUCCUCGUGGAUCCCGCAACCCGGGCGAUUUUCGAUCGAUUUGGCGAAGAGGGUUUGAAGAAAAACUACCGCUACCACGGCGACCCGAUCAAGACUUACCGGUGUUUCUUCGGCACAGAUUCGCCGUACGCCGACCUCUUGGUGCCUGGGCACCCGGUCGAAUACCGCUACGCGGCAAAAUUACCGAAACAGCCACCCGUCACGCACCCGUUGGCGUUGACGUUGCGCGAGGUGUUCUUCGGCGGCGUGAAGAAAAUGAAGAUACGUCGACUGACGUACGUCGACGCGCGUCGCGACAGAACCGAACCGAGAGAGAAAAUUUUAACGAUACCGAUCCAGCCGGGCCUGAGGGCGGGUACCGAAAUAGUGUUCGCCGACGAAGGGGACGACGACCCCGCCUUUUUACCGGCCGACGUCAUAUUCGUAACUGAAGACAAGCCGGACGAUACGUUCGCGAGACGCGGCGACGAUUUGGUGAUGACGGUGAAGGUGUCACUCGAAGACGCCCUAAUCGGAUCCGUUGUCACUAUCACCACGAUCGAUCGUAGGGUGAUCAGGGUGCCAUUAACGGACGUGGUGACACCCACUUAUAAGAAAAUCGUGGUUGGCGAAGGAUUGCCGAUAUUGGAACGGUAUCCCGAGAGCGGAAACCUGAUUCUCGAGUUUGAGGUCGAGUUCCCUGAAUAUUUGACUGCUGCGUCGAAGCAGAUGCUCAAAGAAGCAUUCGGGGCGAUAAAGACAGGAACAACACUACAAAAUCAAGUCAACCGAGUGGUUUUGGCGGAUAAAAUGAAGAGGGUGAAGGAGAGCGAACAAUUACCGAGCGUAGUUUAAUCCACUCAUCGAUGUCGUUGUUUUGGCGUCAUUAAAAGUUAUAUAUCCCAAACGCGGCAUUUCAUUUUAUUAGUUUACCCCAAGUAGCAGACGCUCGUCAAAGUGACCUCAUUUUCGAGUCAUAAGUGGUAGUUACUCGUGAAUGGUCCGAAAAACACGUCAAAUUGACGUCAAAAAAAGGAUAUAUUACAAAAAUGACCUCAGAAUGUCGCCAUAAAAUGAAUUGAUCAAUUCCAGAUAUGGACUUUAAACUAAAUAAUUAACUUAAACUAUUACCAAAUUUUUCUAUUUAAAACUAUGACGUAGGAGAAUGUCCAAAUAGUGUGUCAAAAUAAUGUAUCUCGUUUAUUAUUAUUUUCAGACAAAUGUUGAAUACAAAAGGUAUAGAUGAGAUUAAAAGAAACAAUUUAUAAUUAUUUUCAAAUAUACAGGGUGAUUAAUAAAUGUAUGGAAAAUCACACUUAUAUAUUUUCAAUUGAACACCUUGUAUAUUAUGGCACUACCUUUUAUACUCAAUCGCCAAAUAUGGGGUUCUUAUGGUCUAUACCGAGUGUUUUCGGAUUUACACCCUGUGUUUAAUAACCUAUAUUUUUGACGCGGUUUCCAACAACUGUAAUUUUAUUUUACCUAUAAUUUUAUAAAAUACUACCGUCUAUAUUCGUCUUGAAGUUAGUCCAAAUCAUUUAUACAGGGUAAGUCAAAAUGAAAAAUACUAAUUUUCGUGAAAAAAUCAAAUAGAAGUCCCUGAUAAUUAUACUUCCAUUACUAUUUUUUUAAAAGAAAAGCUCAGCUUUAUUUAAUUUAAUUUAAUUCACUUCACUUACUUUAAUUUACUCUUUUUUCCCGCGCCAAAAAGGAAAAAAAAACAAUUUAAAAAUCGUUACAUUCUUCGGCAGUAAUGACCAAAAUCUCACUUUAAGUUGACGUAAAAAAGAUGUCACUUAACUGACAAAAAUUGAACACAUUAAUUGAUGUAAAAAACACAUCACUUAGAUGAUCAUUAGUCAGAGACAUUAGUAGGUCCAUUUCACGUCCUGCUUACGUAAUAUAUAACGUCAUUUUCGUCAUUUGGUGAAUAUUUAAUGACGUCAUUUUGACGUCCCUCUGUUACCUGGGAAGGGAAUGGAAACUUAAAAUCAUAGUAUCAUUACAAAUGCACAGGUGUUCGUAUUCAUUGUUUUUUAGGCGAGACCUGUACAAAAUUCCGGGCAUAAUUUCAAAGAUUUAGUCUUACCCAUCUCUGUACUCACAACGUAACUUCAAUAUUAAAAAGGAAAUUGGAAAAAGUUUGGGAGGUAUAAAAACUUCUGAACCAAACAGUGAAAAAAAUAAAUUUAUAUCUUUGCGUGCGUGAACCAAAGUUUUUGGAAAUAAUAUUUCAUAGUUAUUUAUAAAUUUUAAGAAGCCUUACGAAACUGCCUUCUCUCAAACCAUUAGUACUUGGAUUUAUUUAAUUCUAAUACUGCGUGGGAGAACAUUUGACAAUUCAAUUCUUACAGUAUUCGAGACGCGUCUAUAUCUAAGGCUCUACGCACUGGAGUUUCUAUUGACAUAAUAAAUAAGUAGAAAAUAAAUGCUCUGUGAUAUUUAAGGUUACAGAUUUUUAAUUUUGUUGUCCCCUUCAUAUAUAAAUAUAACAUUAAAACCAAAGCAUAUUUGCAGAAAUAUUACUUUUAACAUCUAAUAUUGAUCUCGUAGGGAAGGUGCGAAUAUAAUCAAGAAAUUAAACGAUCUUCUAAGUGAAGUUCAGUAGAGAUAAGUAACACCCUAAUAAAAUUAUCAUCUUUUAGAAGAUUAAUUUCCUCCAUAUUUUUUUGUAAAUUUGCAUCUUGUGUUGGAGAUCAUCCAAAAUUUCCUCAACGAAAUCGAGAAGUUUUUGUUUGUGUGUUUUUUGGUGACUAUAAAUAUGAAGGGAUCGAAUCGAUACCGAAGAUUUUCGAUUCGAAUCUUAUAAAAAAAAAUUGUACACUCAUGUAAAAUCAUGGUUCAAUUUUGAUUUUUUUUUGUUGGAUAGGUCUCUGAAACAUGCACUAAAACCUUGUUUUGCUUAUUGUUUCAAGUUAAAGUCAUGGCCAACUGAGAUUAUUUAACAAAAGAGAGAGGAGAGAGUGCUAUUGCGGAUUAAAAAAAAAUGAAUAAAUUCGCAGGAGUACCUAGAACUAAACUGAACCAAUGUUUCAAUAGAGGGUAUUUGAAAUAUCGUUUACGUUUUUGAUUACGGUUUGAUUUUUUUUUUGUUGGAUAGAUCUCUCAAAAAAGCAAUAAAACCUUAUGCUUCUUGUUACAUCUACCUGAAGUCAAGGCUAUUAAGGAUUUCUUUAAGAUUAAAGUGUAAACGAAUUCUUAUUUAGGACUACAUAAAACUUAUGUUCGAAUACAGGAUGCUCGAAAUAUAGAGGGCGCCUCGCUUAAGCAUUACUCCUGAAGAAUGUUUGUUUAUGGCUCAAUUUUGAUAAUUCUUUUUUUUUUUAAUUCUCAUCUAAUAACAAAAAUAACAGAAACGUCAAAAUUGAUUGACGUCGGCAUACUGUAUCCUUUGUAAAACCACCACAAAUUUGUAAUAUCUUAAAUCACAUACAAAAUAAUCGUUAUUUGCAAGGGUUACAAUAUUUAUUUUUUAAAACAUUAAAAACUUUGGUCUAGUUACUUUUAGGUAGUCCUGAAUACGAAUCUGUUGAAAUUUUCAAUUUGAGAAAAUCUCUAAAAGUACUUCUCGAAUUUUCGCUUCAAAUAACUGUAUCAGUUUGACUUUAAUCGAUGCUCUAUAAAAAUCCAGCAAAAAAUAAUUAUAAGAUAGUUGGUUUUAUGUGGUCCUGAAUAAAAAUUCGUUGACACUUUUCGAUAUUUGACAUCAAAAAUUAGGUUGAUGUAAAAAGAAACAUAAGGUUUUGGUGCGUUUUUGAGAGAUGUUUCCAACAAAAAAAGUUAUCAAAAUGAAACCGCAAUCAAAGAUUUUACAACGAUGUGCAGCCUUAAGCGGGGCGUAAAUGCGUAAAUGUACCCCUGAAUAAGAAUUCGUUGCCAAUUUAUUUAUUUUUUUAAUUUUUAAGAGGUCUAUCCAACAAAAGAAAUUAUCGAAAUUGAUCCAUAAACAAAAACGUCACAAGUGUGUGCAGUUCUUAAGUGGAAAACAAUGUAUAAAAAGACAUUCUUAGAAAGAUAGCUAAUGAUGACGUCACUAACGCGCGUCGUAUUUCCAAAACCGCGUACCAUAUCUACUUCGAACGGGCUCCAUGUACCAAGAAUUCAUUUAUGUAUUUUAAAUGUUGAUCGAUAAAAUAAAAUAUCCGUCCAGCCACCUCAUAGUGUUUUAAUUUUUGAUCGACAUCUUACGCAACAUGCAUCGGUGAGCUAAGAGAAAAUUAAAUAACAUAAUGGUCCUAGGUUUUAUUGGUUUAAGGGCCUACUUCACUUACCUGCAGCACUGCAAUUAUAUACCGUUAUACCACAGAACUGUGAAAAGGACAUCAACAACUGACCAUAAAAGCAAUUAUUACAUUGUAAUGGAUAAUUUAAUUGCUCCGAUGGUCCAAACAUUUACGGCGGGCGCAAAAGUUUUUGAAAUGUAUUUUCAAGACCCAUAAAAUAUUUUAUUGAAAGUUUUGAA